GAUCACCUGACAAGUCACGUGAUUGAAGCCAAGUGUCGGAAGUAACCCGGUCAAAAUUGGUGGUGUCGUCAAAAAUAAGCUCUGUUAUUGAUUGAAAAUGGCUGAGAUUUUUAUCCGGAUUGCUGGAGUGUCAGGAUUUUUAGCUGUUGCACUUGGGGCUUAUGGAUCUCACGGUCUGAAGAAACAUGUGGAUGCCAAGACAUUUGAGACCUUCCAAACAGCAAACAGAUAUCAUUUUAUUCACACCCUAGCCCUCCUUGCUGUGCCAAUGACAAGACAUCCGAUGAUGGUCGGCUGGCUUUUAGCCGUAGGAAUGCUUGGUUUUUGUGGGACGUGUUACUACUCUGCGUUAACUGGAACCACAACGUUUAACAGGUUCACACCAUAUGGGGGAAUGACUCUGAUGGCAGGCUGGUUAGCGAUGGCAUUCUAAUUUUUUCAAACAUGGCAUUUUGUAUGUUUGUUUUUACAUGAAGACUCCACCCAGGUAAAAGUUACAGUUGAAACCAGUUCAACUAGUGUUGUUAACUGGUCCCAACUGGUCCAAACUGGUCAAGUUGAACUUGGACUUGGUAGCUGGUUUGAACUGGUUCGCUGGUUUUGAACUGGUUCGCCACACUAAUUACCAGCUGGCAACUUCUUCUUUCAAUCAACUUGUUUCAAAAUUCAACUGGUUUCUUUUGCAAGACUCCACCCAGGUAAAAAUUCCAGUUUAAACCAGUUUAAACUAGUGAUAACUGGUCCCAACUGGUCCAGGUUAACUGGUUAAAACUGGAGUUUUUCACCUUGGCCAGGGGGUAGAUUGUUUCUGCAAUUUUCUCAGUUUUUUUUUAAAGGCGAAUUUGUCUCGUGGUUGACUAGAUUGCAUUUCAAAUUAUUCUUAAUGUGUAUCCAAAGAAAAAUCGUUUAAUUUUAAGCAUGAACAAUUUAGUUAUUUAAAAAUAAAAUCAUUUUAUUUGGAAAGUUGUUUUUCUUCUAACUAUUCUGUCAGGAAUUUUGUUAAUUUCAUUCAUUGUUUGAAUAAUAAAUUAACUUUGUUAUAUACAACGACAACAGUCUCAAAUGUGAUUUUUUGUAGUUAUUGACGUUACAAUUAUCUUGUGUAACAUUCAUACAUUUUGCAAAUCGGUAUGCUUUGUUAGAAGAUUUUGGGCUUGUGCCAUCUUUUUGUAAGAUUAUUACAUAAAUAAAGCUGGAAAUAAAGUUAA